GUCACAGCUCCAGGCUUGAACGCAAUUUAUCUCCGCUACAUCGGACCGCUUUCCACCCCUCUUGUUGUGUGUGUGAAGAGUUGAUCUCUCUGUCCUUGCUUCCACUCUUAUGACAUUGUCGUUUGCAGUGUGAUCUUGGAGCAAAUCUAGCUAUACAACCCACGAUCUUGCACCACCCCACAUACCACAUUGUUCGAACACUCAGAGAUUAACCCACAAACUUCACCCACCGACACAAUGUCCACACCAGCCCGCUACCGCAAGCCAGCCUUCGCGACCACAAGCCAUGAAGACACACUCCCCAUUCCCCGCGCGCCCGCCUCGACUUCAGAAGCCAAGAAGGAGCUCAAGGCAGCGGUCAACGACCAAGCAGCCAAAACAUCCAAAGGCUUCUCAGUCCUCGACAUCCUGCGCGUCCUCGGUGGCCUAGCGCUCCUCAGCGCAGGCCUGUCAUAUCUGAGCACAAGCGGAACAAGUAUGACAUGGGGAUACAAUGCAAAAUGGACGCGCAUGCGGGAGUGGAAAGGGCUAUUCAAAGGACAAGUAACCCUAACCGACGCCGAGCUCCUCUCCUACGACGGCAGCGAUCCCCAAAAACCCAUUUACCUCGCGCUCAACGGCACAAUCUACGACGUCUCGGCGUCGCCACAAACCUACGGGCCGGGCGGCAGCUACCACUUCUUCGCUGGCCGCGAUGCCGCGCGCGCCUUCCUCACAGGCUGCUUCGUCGAAGACGCGGUGCCGGAUCUGAGGGGCGUGGAGCGCAUGUUCAUCCCUGUGGACCCUGAGGAGAAAGCCGACGCCACCCCCGAGACGAUUGAGGCAGCGAAGCACAGGAGGGCGCCAAGCAAAGGAGAACUGAAGAACCGCACAGCUCAGGAAGAGAGGACUGCCAAGCAGAAGGUGGUGCAGGGUCUUGAGAGCUGGCAUGCGUUGUUCCGCGGCGACAAGGGCAAGCCGUACUUCAAGGCUGGUGUGGUCAAUAGGCCGAAUGGCUGGGAGAAGUACCUGCCUGAGCGGUCGUUGUGCGAGCAGGCGGAGAAGAGCAGGCCGGUUAGGAAGUACGAUUAGGUGGUGCAUCAAGUGAAGUUAUGUAUUCUGAAUGUGCGUACUUAACACGGGCUUUUUCGUCAUGCUUGUUCAUGACGCAGGCCAGUACUGAUGAGCACGUUGCGGACGUUACAAGGCAAAUCGAGACGAGUGUCGCAACGGCGACUGUUGCUGGAAUGUUCGAAGGCCGAAUCAGGAUCAAGCGCAUCGCAGCUGGCACCUAUUCUCAGCUUUGUGGUGCGAAUGUAUGUGAGGCGGCAUUGUGCAAUCAAAUUGGUGGUUGAGGUUAGAGAGUACAUGAGCUGGGAGGUCGGUGAGCCUUCGUAAUGCGCGUAUUGUCGAGCCCAAACACUAUCACGUCGAGAUAUGGCAAUGGCGUAAUGUGCGAAGCAGCGCGCUUCGU